UGUUUUUUUCCUUUUUAUUAAUUUUUCAGUCUGUACGGAGUAGUGAUGUACAGUUUCAAUAUGACACUCCUCCUGAAUCAAUACUCACUACUGAUGGAGGCAGUAGGAUCAAUGGAGUACAGGAUCGGAGAGGAAAGGACAUCAUUUUGGGAGGAUUGUUCACAGUGCAUAGAGAUGCAGAAGGAUCUGCUGGUGCUAAGUGUGGUAACAAAGUCUGGGGCUAUGGUAUGGACACUUUAGAAGCAAUGUUCUAUGCACUGGACAGCAUAAACAGUGACCCUGAUCUAUUGCCUAAUAUAACCCUUGGAUAUGAUAUCAGAGAUACUUGUCAAAGCAAGAACAUAGCUCUUAAUGAAAGUUUCAGCUUUGUCUUUACAAAUACUGAUACUGAAUCUGGUACUUGCAGAUCAUUAGAAGCAUCAGGUAAUGACUCUAUUCAAAUACCAGUAGCAGCAACAAUUGGUCCUUUGGAAAGCUUCAUAUCCAUUCCAGUGGCUAACUUCUUUCAUCUUUUUCAAAUGCCUCAAGUCAGUUAUGGCUCCACAUCAACCGAAUUAAAUAAUCGUGAUCAGUAUGGAUACUUUUUCCGGACAAUACCUGCACAUGAUACACAAGCAGAGACUAUGAUUGACAUGAUGCUGUAUUAUAAAUGGGAUCAUGCUUCAGUCAUAUACUCUGAUAAUCUGUUUGGUGAUUCAUUUUAUCACCAUUUCCUCUCAGUUGCAAAGGCUAAAGAAAUCUGCAUUGAUGCCAAUGAGCUGAUAAGAGAUGACUUUGAUGAUUCAGACUACCGUAAGUUGGUAGAAUUACUAUUCCAAAACACGACAGCAAAUGUGAUUGUACUAUUAGCAACUUCAGAUCAUGCUGACAAUUUCAUCAAACAUGCACGAAUUGUAAAGGAAAACAAUAUUGCUCACAGAAACAUUGUGUGGAUUGCAUCCACGGGAUCUGCUGAAGUAGUCUAA